CUUUCUGCAGUUGGGGAGGGGGGGUGCUUGACUGCUCAUUCUGGGCCUCCAGAGGACCGUGUGUACGAGGAGUGGAGGCGGCCAGCCCCCUCAGUCGCCUCUGCCCACGCGGCUCCUCCCGGGCCUUCUAACCUUCCCUUAGGAAAUGAGCUGGGCACGCAAGGAGAGUGAGCCCUACCCAGCAAAAGAAAAAUCAUAAGAAAUGAGUUUUAAUGUCUGGAAUAUCAAAGAGAUGCUCAGUAUUCCCUCAGGCUCUGGGACCACUAAAUCAUCUAGCUGGCAUAAUAAUCAGACUGAUUAUUCUGCACUCAGUGAUUCCCAGUUCCUCUUUGGAUCUCAGUUUUGUCCAGAAAAUUCAGAGACCCUGUCAGCACCCUUAGACUUAGGUGCUCAUUUGAAACAUCCAAAACAGUUGCAACAGAAUUCUCUGGAUAGUGAACCUAGUAUUUUCACAAAGUACCAGACAAAACCCCAACUCUUUGGAGGAGAGGCAAAGGAUGGGGGCUUAUUUUCUCUUCCUUUACCAGUUGGAAAAUCAAAAUGCCUCUUGAAACAAUUUGAGGAGAAAAAUAAAAGGGUGAAAGACAAAUGUGACAGUGAGACUGUAUACAACUUUGUUUCCCAGGUCAGAGAAAGCAUUCAGAGGUUGCAGACAUCUGUGGACAAGUCUGAGGAACGCCUCAGUUCAAGAAGCCAAUCUAUUUUGGAUUCUUUGGAGACUAUAGCUAAGACAUUGCAAGAGACUGCACGGGCCCUGAGCGACCUGAGGUUUGAGGCAGUACAAGAAAAAGGCAAUGCCGAGCAGGCCAUCCUGGACAUGCAGAAGAGAUUUGAAGCUAGACAAACAGAGUUUAUAGAAAUAAAGUCCAGCCUGAAGCACCUUGAGGUUUUAGUUGCCAAGCAGAAUAAGGACUUCCAGCAGCUAUGUGAGCAGCUAGGCCAGCUGCACGUACCUGAUGUCCUUGCAGAGCUGGAGAGACUGGUCUCGGCACCUCGGGUACCUAGGCACGUGAAAGAUAGUGCUUCUCAGACCUCACCACCUAUGGCCCAGAGCCUCAGUUUCACCAAGCAGAGUAAACUCCCCUGUGAGGAGCCCGUUACAUGGCAGAUCCAGGCCACCCCUGCUGCGGGGAACCAAGGUGCAGGCUCCCUGAGGCCUGGGGAGUUUGGUGUCUGGGCUGAGCAAGCGAAGAGUGAUUCUGUCCAAGAAAAAGCUGCACUGCCUGCAGUUGAGCCUUGUAGAGGAAAUGAGCGAGUAAAGGACAAGGCAAUGCAGACUCACUGCCGGGAUUCAGCUAAAAAAAGUCCUAAGAGCCAUGGCUCCAGCAUCCCAGGCCACAAGGUAUGCGCUGAUAGAGACCUCGUUUCCCAAGGAGGCUCACAGUUCAUAUCCCUGGACUUAAACAGUGUUGCAAACAGCGUUCAGAAUGUGUACCCAGAAUAUCAGGCCCAAAAUAUGUUUUUUUGUGACCCAGGUGAACAGUUGGUGACUGAACAGAAAGGCAAGACUUUAGAAAGAGGGAGGAAAAGCAAGAAGCGGCAGCCCAGGAAGGUCCGCAGGGGCAAGCUCCCCACUAGGAAGCGAGAACAAACCCCAAGCAAGACCCAUGCUUUUAACCCCAAGAGUCCCCUGUCUCCAGUUUCCAGCCCAGGAAGGCCCCCCACAGGGCAGCAAGAGCUCCUUGCUCAGGCCCUGUGUCUGCAGGGGCCCAGAAGCUCCCCAAAAUCAGUCUGUCCUGUUCCAGGAAGAAGAGACAAGCCCAGUAAGACAGCAAGGGCAGAGGCGGAGGAUGCCUUACAAUUCACCAUGUGUUCUUCAGAGGGAAACUGGCUCCUCCCAAAGGAAAGCAGUUUCCAGAGGGACCAACAGAUAAGCUGGUUCAGUGACCUCAACCUGGAAAAUUCAGAGCCUGCCCCGUGUAAGAAGGCAGGGAAGAAUUUACUGUGUCUCCUGGGUUUUGAUAGCAGCGAUGAUGACUUUUGAGCAGCCAACAGUGACUUCAGCUGCUGAUUUAUGGAUCUCAGCUAGAUUAGUCAAAUCACAGAACACUUGAACUGACUCACAGAAAAAAGACCUUGAAACCUGCUUGGGGACCCUUGUGGUCAGGCCCCGCUGGGGUAAGGUCAGUGGGAGGAAGGCACAGGCACGGUGUCCUAGGAAUUCAGUUCUGCUGCUCAGGUGAAGGGCGUAAGGGACACGUUCAUCCGUGUUUCUCAGAAGAAAAUGUGUGGAGAUGAUGGGCAGGAGACAUGGGGCUGCAGCCUGGCGGUGGGUACCAGAGCAUGACUGUCCCUGGUGAAAAGGGACUGGCUUGCUGUGGCAGCAAUGACUCCCACACACAACAUUUUUCAUCUUCACAAUAUUCCUUGCACAUAACCAAUACCUUUCUGAGCCCUUUUAUCUUUGGCCAAUUACAAUGCCAGAGAGUUUGCAUGUUUCCAUCAGAGGACAUACUACAGGUCACCAAGUUAGUUUUCUUGUGAACAGAGAAGGAUCAAAACUGCCUAUGAAAGAGAAGUAGCACAUACCUUUAACUAUCCAGGGCGCUACUGUUUUUAAGACACUGGAGUCCAUUUUCUUCCUGGCUGUUUUUCCGUUUUGUUCUUCAGCUACUCUUAAACUGAAUGACAGUGUCUGAGG